AUGACAACUACUGCUUUUAAAAAUUUAAGGGCGAUUAUACAACUAAUUAGUGUACUAUUAAUAUUAAUAAAUAUUCCAAUACCAGCUGUACUAUUGUAUAACACUAGAUUUACAACAAUAGAAAUAGAUAACUUGAACUUGGGAUAUUUAUCCCUAUCAUUUUUGUACAAGGUGCUUUUAAUUUUUAAUAUAACACUAGGGAUGUUUGCUAGUUGCGGAACGAAUAGUAAAGUUAAGUUCUACAUGAGAUUGUAUCUGUUUUUUACAUUUUUGUUUAUGUUGGGUCUUAUAACUUAUAUUUUAUAUGUAAGAAAUUUCUAUCAGAAUCAUUUACUUACUACUUACACGACUAAAACAGCUUUAUCUGUACAACAGAAGGUUAUUAUGUCCAGUUUAUUAUUUUGUUCUACAGGUAUAGAUUGUGAUAAAAUACUAAAAGAGAGGAGUGAACUAUUUAUAAAGAUAUACUUAAGUAUAGGAUCCUUAUCCUUUAUAUUACAUUUUAUAAGUUUUGUGCUAAUAAAAAUCGCUGUUAAUAUUUCAAUAGAAAAACCUCAUGAAGGCCCUAAGUUUGUAACAAUAACAAGGGCGGGUAUGAACACUGAAUCAUUAAGGAAUAAGAGAGUAAUGAAUAUUGAGGAACCUGCCGUGGUACAAUCUUGCAUUAUAUAG